UAACAAUAGGUCAGGAGCAACCUUAGUUGCUACUAUCGCGACCGUAAACUGAACGCUGCAAAACUGAAAUGGCUACGUUUUUUCUAUUGACGGAAGAAACAGAAAAAGUUUAUAAAAAGGAACGUGUUUUUAGGGAUAGGACAAGGCUACUGGACACUCUUUCCGAUAAUGAAUUGAUUGCUAGAUACAGAAUGCCUCGUAUUGCUAUUUUGUCGCUGACCGACAUGGUGAGGGAAAGUUUGCAGUCGGCGACUCGGCGUUCACAGCUCGUAUCACCGGAGAUUCAUGUAUUAAUAACAUUGCGUUAUUUGAGUAAGGGUGGGUUUUUUUCGGAAAUUGCGGAUCUGCAUGGAGUGGCACGGUCAAGUGUUUGUCGAUGUUUGCACCGUACUGUCCGUCGCAUUUGCGACACAUUAGAUAAUAUUAACUUUAACAUCCAUGCACUACGUGAAAUCAAACAUGGCUUUUAUCAAAUCUGUCGGUUCCCUAGGGUAAUUGGGGCUAUUGAUGGGACAUUAAUUGCCAUAAAAAGGCCAACACAUGACGAGGAAGUGUAUGUUUGUAGGAAAGGGUUUCGUGCAAUGAACGUUCAAGCAAUCUGUGACUGCAAACUUAGAUUCAUUAAUGUUGUUGCAAGAUGACCUGGAUCGUCACAUGACUCCACAAUACUAUACAACAGUGAACUUGGGAGGGAGCUGGAGACUGGUAUAAAUGAUGAUGGAUUUUUAUUAGGGGACUCUGGAUAUCCUUGCAAACCCUGGCUGAUGACUCCAUUACCAGAAACAUCAUCAAGAGCUGAGGAAAAGUACAACAGCUCACACUGCAGGACACGGAAUACUGUGGAAAGAGCAUUUGGUUUACUGAAGUCGAGAUUUAGAUGUCUGCACAAAAGUACGGGAUGCCUCCCUUUUAGCCCUACAAGAUGUUCCCAUGUGAUCAUGUCAGCUUUUAAGCUCCACAACUUCUGUUUGGAUUUGAAGCUGCCUAACCCUCCUGAAGUAGAUGCAGACACAUUUCAAGUUGACCAGGAUGCUUGUCAAGACCAGCAGGAGGGCCGGCAGAUAAGACGGCAACUGAUAGAGCAAUAUUUCUCUACUUGAGGUGAAGAUUCAUCGACAGGUGCAAGCGAAGACGUAUUGCUGGAUGCGAUGACAUCAUCUGCUGAUACUGAUAUGCUCAAGUUGUUGUCUAAGAAUUGAAUGAAAUGUAUUGAAAUGCAUGUUGAUUUCGAAAUAACAUCGGUUUAACUUGAACAUCAGUUUUCUACAAGAAAUGUUUAGAAAAUUGUUCCCACUAUUGUUUCA